CACAGCACGCCCAUCAAAACCUCUGUAUGUUCAACCAGCUAACACUGAAGAAAAGGCAAGCACCAUAAUGGAAACACCUUCUUACCCACUGGACCCGGAUUUAAUGAGAGAAGUUCUCGAAUGCCCUAUAUGCCUGGAGACCUACAGCCAGGAUCUAUUGAGACCCAAACUCCUGCAGUGUGGUCACACAGUGUGCCGGCAAUGUCUAGAGAAGCUGCUGGCCAAUACCAUCAAUGGUGUGCGCUGUCCAUUCUGCAGCAAGGUCUCCCGUAUGAGCAGUAUCUCCCAGCUGGCUGAUAAUCUCACUGUGCUUAAGAUCCUAGAUUGUACUACAUCAUGUAGUGCUGCUGCUGCUGCCCUAAUGUGUAAGUCUUGCUGCAGUCGCCUACCACGACAGUACUGCCAUGACUGUUCCAUAGUUCUCUGUGAGCCCUGUAAAGGGGAGGGCCACCUUCAUCAAGGCCAUUCAGUCCACCCAAUUAGGGUGGCUGCUGAACAACGUCGUAAAGAACUGGGUGGCAAGCUGACUGCUCUGCGUAAAGUUAUGGGUGAAAUUCAGAAGAAAAAGACAGCCAUCGAAAACAUUUCCAAGUCCUUGAGGCUAAAAUACCGGGCAGUGCAACAGGACUAUACUACAGCUGAACUACGUCUUCAAGAGGAACUCAGCAGGUAUCGAAGGACGUUCACAGCUUCCAUGACAGAAGUGGAAAAGCUCAAUGGGCAGGUCCUGGAGGAGCAGACAUAUCUCCUUAACAUUGCAGAGGUAAAAGUGGUGUCACGCUGUGAUUAUCUAACAAUGCGGGUAAGGCAGAGUGAUGUUGCCUUGCUAAAGGAUGAUGGUGGCAGCAGUGAUGAUGAAGAGCUGGACCUAAAGAGCAGCUUGCCCACCAUGUUUCAGCUGCAAGAGCCAGAGCUGGUCAGAACAGAGCAUUCUAAACCUGUUGAAGUUGGCCAGUUGACCACAAACACUUAUACUGUCAAUACAGACGAUGAAGAGAGUGGGUUGGAGAUUGCACUUGAGGGUGAUGUAGAUAGUGUAGAUGGGGCAGUAGGCGCUACAGGUGGUGCAGUGGGAGCUCCGAUGGAUCUUUACCGAGAUAUUGAUAUGGUUGCUGCUGUAGAGGAGGCGGUAUAUGGUUCACCUGGCAACUUUAAGUCAAAGUCUGUGGAUGCAGGGGGUGGAUCACCUGGAGGAGCUGGGGCGAGUGCAGGGCCCCCAGUCUGCCAGUUUGUGAAAAAAAUGGGCUGUAAGGGAACCCUACCUGGCAUGUUCAACUUACCAGUUAGCAUUUGUGUAACAGCACAAGGUGAGGUCUUGGUGGCUGACCGUGGCAACUACCGCAUCCAGAUCUUUAAUCGCAAAGGCUUCCAACAUGAAAUCCGCCGCAAUGCCAGUAGCAUUGACAAUUUUGUCCUGAGCUUCCUUGGGGCUGACCUGCCCAACCUCAUCCCCUUAUCCAUUGCUGUCACUCCUCAAGGUCUGAUUGGGGUCACUGACAACUAUGAUAACUCGGUUAAAGUCUACACUAUGGAUGGGCACUGCGUGGCUUGCCACAAGAACCAACUGAUUAAACCAUGGGGCAUCACUGCCAUGCCAUCAGGCCAGUUUGUGGUGUCAGAUGUGGAAGGAGGCAAGCUUUGGUGUCUAGCAGUGGACCGCAAUGUAGGUGUGGUCAGCUACAAUCGACUGUGCUCUGCUGUGCGGCCAAAGUUUGUGACAUGUGACACAGCUGGAACAGUCUAUUUCACCCAAGGCCUGGCCCUGAAUUUUGAGAAACGCCACAAUGAGCCCCACCUGGAAGGUGGUUUCUCCAUCGGCUCAGUGGGCACUGAUGGCCAGCUGGGCAAGCAGCUCAGCCAUUUCUUCGCAGAGACAGAGGACUUCCGCUGUAUCACUGGCAUGUGUGUGGAUGCCAAUGGGGAUUUGCUGGUAACAGACAGCGGGAGAAAAGAAAUCCUCCAGUUUCCCAAAGAGGGUGGAUUCAAAAUUCUCAUCCAGGAAGGGCUGACCUGCCCUGUAGGAGUGGCCACCACCCAGAAAGGGCAGCUGCUAGUUCUGGACUGUUGGGACCACUGUGUGAAAGUCUACUCAUACAUUCAGAGGAGACAUUCCUCCACCUAAUAGAGGAACAGUCCAGUAUAGCUGCACAUAAGUAUGAGCGGUUUAAUAGGUUUGUGUUGGUGGGUGUGUAUGGAAAGUUGGAGAAGGUAGAAACACUGUAAUCUGUAACUUCAGUUUGGCUGCAGUCCAAAUAAUUCUCACUCCAGCUUUCAUUAGUUUAUUAAAUUAAUGUUCUAGUCCUUAUGUUUCAGUUUAUGGCCUUUUGGAUUUUAGUUGUGUUACCUCAAAUUAAAAAUUGGCUUCUAAAUUUGUUUUUGAUUAUGAUUAUUUUAAUAGAUCACAACAAU